UCACAAUUAUACAAAUCCCGUAUAAAUAUCAAACGCCAUUUUUUUUUGUCUCUAGAAUCUCACAGAUAGCGAAAGGAGUCUUCAGAUGGUCCUCGCUUCUGUAGCAAAUUACGUAACGUAGAGAGCGAAAGAAAAGUACAGGAGCUUUCAACCUCUUCCGACCCGUCUCGAUCGACUGGACAGUGUGCGAUAUUUUCUUUCGUUCUCCCUAUCUCCUGAUUCAGACAUUGAUUUACUGCUUUGUCACUCUGGAUUUGGGCUUCUGUGUAAUGGCAGCAGAUCAAAACUCCAUUCCCAAAGAUUUGAGACCUUUGAGCUUUGGUCUAAAGGUUGCAGAUGGUAAUGGCUCCUCCAGUAUCUUGCAACCUGCAGUAGCUCAGGACAUUAGUGGUAGCCCUAGGUCUAGGAUUGCACUUUACCAAGAGAGACAACAACGAGGGUUUGAGGGCCACUAUCCCAUGACCUAUACUGAGUCUAUGGUAACAGGGUUAUCUGGGCUGCUCCCUAUUUCUUCUUCAGCCAUUGAGAUACUUGGUAGUUUUAACGCUUUUGCAGGCAAUGGUAAUGAACCAUUAACUGAUAGGUUCCCUUACGAUAUGGCGCAGGGGAGGUCCUUUACACUUAAGAGUAAUGCUUCUGAUAGUCAAUCUAAUAAUGUCCAUCAGCACCAACGACAAACCUCGGUGCCCUCAACCUCUCAGGAUUCUCAUUGUCCUGAAGCUACUGAUGAUUUUUCCACCAAAAAAGUGAAGUUUUUGUGUAGUUUUGGGGGCAAAAUCCUUCCUAGGCCAAGUGAUGGGGUGCUGAGAUAUGUAGGGGGUCAGACAAGGAUCAUCAGUCUGAGGAAGGGUAUUGGGUUUCAAGUGCUUUUUCAGAAGCUGGUAGAUGCAUAUGGGCAACCUGUUGUCAUUAAGUAUCAGCUCCCUCAGGAGGAUCUUGAUGCUCUGAUUUCAGUUUCCUGCGAUGAAGAUUUGGAUAAUAUGAUGGAAGAGUAUGACAAGCUCUUGGAAAACUCCCGAAAGGGAUCGCCGAAGUUUCGUGUCUUCUUGUUUCCAGCCUCAGAGCCUGAAUCCUCUGAUGUUGUUCAGUAUGCAGAUCAUCAGGAAGCAGGGCAACGAUAUGUUGAGGCACUGAAUGGGAUCCCUGAGAGCACCAAUAGGAUAAAAGAGAGCACAACAAGUGCUACUUCAACUCAAAGUUCUGAUUGUCAGUUUAAUGGUGAUGCUUCUGAUAAUUUUGUUCCUAGUCAAGGUGAUGCAGGCAGCAAUCUACUAUCUAGCAAGAUUCCAGUUAAUGAUGCUCCAAGAUUGGCUAAUGAUGCUCUGAGGUUGGCUAAUGAUGCUCCAAGUGUGGUUAACGAUGCUCCAAGAUCGGCUAAUGAUGCUCCAAGGUUUGCUAAUGGUGAUCCAAGGUUGGCUAAUGGUGAUACGAGGUUGGCCUAUAGGUUUCCUAAUCAGUUGAUUUUUGGGGAAGAUGCUGCAUCUUCAAGUGCCGCUUCUGUUAAUACCAGUGGUCCUUCUGAACCUAUGCCCAUGUGUUCUAUGCUUCGACUUGGGCAAACCCAUUCUGUGGAUCCAGCAGUUAGGCCAGAAGAGGACCAUUUACAUGCUAAAGUAGACAAUCUCUCUGCUAUGCUAAAUCUACCUGUUUAUGGGUUGUCGACAAGUCCUUCUGAGAGGCCCAAUAUUUCUUCAACACUAGUCGAUUGCAGGCCAGAAGGGCAGCAGAUGCCACAAAUCGAAGCACAUGCUUCUUUAGUAGAUGUUCGUCCACCUCCCACAUAUGUGCAUGGUUAUGUGGGUGCUCAUCCAAGUGCCUAUAACUUGAGCAGCUACAGUCCUUACAAUAACUCGGACAUAAGAAUCUCUCCUGAAUCAAUGAAUGCUUCUCAGAGUUCUUCUCUCAGUGCACAACAAUCAGUAGUGCAUGUGGCUUCAGUUAUUGGUGUUGCUGGUGUCUCCUAUCCAUUUGCACUGGCAGGUUCUUUGGGAUAUCCUAUAGGUGUAUGUCCUCCUUCACAGAAUUUGUGUGCUGGUCCUUCUUCGCCAAGAGUUAAUGGCAAAAUUGGAGGUCAACUGUUCGUACCAACACCCCAUAUACCCAUUGAGCAUUACAUGGAAGAGAGCAGUGCAGGAGCAAGAUUUCAACUUAACGGUGACCAGAGUCAUAAGGCAUUCCAAGUUCCCCAAAUUACCCAUUCGCCUCCUGUUCAGGUUCAAGGUCAGUCCACCAUGGAGAGGCUCAUUUGCCAGCCAUCGGCACCUGAAUGUGUAGUUUUCUCUGAAGAAUGGGUAGCCCAGCAAAUGGGAAAUUCUGGCGAUAAGGUGUCUAUUCUUGAGGACUGUUUUAUGUGCCAAAAGGCACUGCCUCAUGCCCAUUCUGAUACAUUGAUUCAAGAGCGUGUGAAUCCUGUUCCAGAGACAAAUUCAGCUCUUCAAAGUCAUCAUUCUGAUGGAAGUCUAAGACUCAUGGCUUCACCGAGAGUUGCUGGAGCAUUGGGGGAGGGUUCUGCGGCUCCCCCAGUUGAGCAUUGGUUAGGUAUGGGACGUGGGGCAGUGGCUAGGUUUCAGGGAAACGGAGGAAGUCAUGCGAAACUGAAUGGGCAGAAUGGACAUGAAACUGCUGCAUCUUCACUGAGACCUCCACGAAUUCCUCAUGUUCCCGAGCAGCAUCUUGAUUAUGAUCAAGUUCCUCAGCAGCAAACAGAAAAACCUGAUCACACCAAGUUGUUGUUUACUCAGAACAUACCAGUUAAAUCUACUGAGGAACUUCCAAAAACUAAACCUUUCGGCUUUACUCAUGUUGACAAAUCUACUGAGGAACUUCAAAAAACUGAACCUUUGGACUUUACUCAUGUUGACAAUGCAGUGAACAAGUAUGGAGCAGAUGAUGUGAAACCUCUGUAUGAUCCAUUCUCAAGCAACCACUCAUUCUUCCAUCAAGAAGAUGCAUUUGUAAUGCCCCAUAGCCAGGUUAAGCAAGAGGUGGCAAGGGAUAGGACGAUUGGUAUAGACAUACCUCUAGAAAAUAGCUUGCUUUUCCCUAGUGCAGAACCCUGCGAUCUGGACUCUUCACAUGAUUUUGCAACGAAAGAUGUUUGUCUGAAUUCAUUGUCACCUGACAAUUAUAAAACACUCGAUGGGAGGUUAAGUGCUUUUCCUGUGAAUUCAUCGGGGUUGUCUUCAGGGAUCGAUCAGAGCAAACUACCAAUUUGGAUGAACUUAGAUCAUUGUGUGAGAGAAAAUCAGCUAAGCGGCAGGACGCAAACAAGUGAAACCUCGGUAGUGGCUAACGUGAAUGCUGUCAGAGAAGAAAGGCUGAAUGUGCAGCCACAGGUUACUUUGGAUUCUAUUCGAGUGACUGAUCCCUUCAGUGAGCCAGGGAUUGUUAUGAGUGCGGGGUAUGUCAAUCCAGGUCAACCAUCGAUAAAUAAUGCUCAGUCUGCAGAUCCUUCUGCAGCACUUCCCUUAAUUGGAAAUCCUUCAGUUUCUCAUGAGAUGUUGAACAACAAGGCCACAGUACCUUGUGGUGAUUCUUCAUGCGUGAACACUACAAAGGAAAACCCAAGUCAAGAAUGGAGAGUCGAAGGUCCACAAGCCUUUACAAGGGGUGCCAUCAACAAUGUCACUGUUCCUAUGAAUUGUAACUCAGAAACUGUAAUAUUGGAUCCUGGCCUUGGUAAUGGGAAAAAAAGAGAUAUAACAGCUGCCUCAAACUUGCCCUUCGGUCCAUCUGGUUUAGAUCGUUGGGACUUGUUACAUGGUGUACCUGUGCCUCAACUUGGGGUGUGCAAUGUGGAGAACAAAGAUAUCUCUUUUAUGAUGGGAUUGCCCAUUGAAGACCACAUGGUUUCUAGGGGCAAUUUGGGCAAUUUGGGCUUGACAUUGGGAUUGGAUGGAGGCUUGAAAGACUCAUCAGAUGCGCAAGUUGAAACCAGUUUUCAAAACAAACUGGUCCUGGAGCCAAUGCAACAAAGCCAUGUGAAAAGCUCUUGCGAUGAAUACAUUAAGCAAGAGUUACAAGCAGUCACUGAGGAUGUCACGGCAUCUGUUCUCUGCUCAUCGACUUCAUCUGUACCUUCUGCCUCUGUGACUGGUAUGAAUGGAUCUGUUCUUGAUAUUAUCCAAGAAGGAAUUCAAGAACUGAAAGCACAAGCAUCAAGUCAUCUACAGAUUGAGGACAUCAAUGUUAAAAUCUUGGAGAAACCUAAUCCUGGUUUAGCAUUGAGUGAUGGUAUUGACAACUUGCAGAUCAUUAAGAACAGUGACCUUGAAGAACUAAGGGAGCUAGGUUCUGGCACCUUUGGGACAGUGUAUCAUGGAAAGUGGAGGGGCUCAGAUGUGGCAAUAAAACGAAUCAAUGACCGGUGUUUUGCAGGCAAGCCAUCGGAGCAGGAACGGCUGAGGGAAGAUUUCUGGAACGAGGCUUGUAAGCUAGCCAAUUUGCAUCAUCCAAAUGUUGUCGCAUUCUAUGGUGUCGUUCUUGAUGGCCCUGGAGGUACAGUGGCAACAGUGACUGAAUACAUGGCCAAUGGUUCACUGAGACAAGCUCUACAGAAAAGUGAUAAGACACUUGAUCGGCGUAAACGUCUGCUGAUUGCAAUGGAUGUUGCUUUUGGGAUGGAAUACUUGCAUGGAAAGAACAUUGUCCACUUUGAUUUAAAAAGUGAUAACCUACUUGUCAAUCUUAGGGACCCUUACCGUCCUGUAUGCAAGGUAGGUGAUCUGGGUUUGUCAAAAGUGAAAUGUCAGACACUUAUAUCUGGUGGCGUGAGGGGUACUCUCCCAUGGAUGGCCCCUGAACUUCUUAAUGGCAGUAGCAAUUUGGUUUCUGAGAAGGUUGAUGUAUUCUCCUUCGGAAUUGUUAUGUGGGAGCUUCUCACAGGUGACGAGCCAUAUGCUAAUCUCCACUAUGGAGCUAUCAUAGGUGGUAUAGUGAACAACACACUUAGGCCACCAAUCCCCGAAAACUGUGAUCCAGAGUGGAGGUCACUAAUGGAGAAAUGUUGGUCUUCCGAUCCUCCAGAGAGGCCAAGUUUUACAGAGGUUGCUGACAUGUUGAGGUCAAUGGCAGCUUCCCUCCCACCAAAAGGGCAGGCCCAACAUGCACCUGCGCAACCUCAACAACCAAGAUAAUGCUUCAAAAGAUUUGUACUUGGUCAUUCUGGUUGCUCUCUCUCUCUCUCGUCUCUCUCUCUCCCGUCUCUCUCUCCCCCGUCUCUCUCUCCCAAUGAAUGUUCAUCCUGGAUGCUCACCAAUGCAAAAGGCCAUUGUACAGGACCGCUUUUAGGAUCAAAGCUGUGUUGAUAAAAGGGGUUUGCAACCUGGCUGUGGUUUGAUAGUGGUGACCACUGUGAAUCCAGGAAAGAAAAUCCCCAUCCUCAUAAAGAUUAAUAAAAUGAUGCCAAAAUACAAGACCAAAAUGUGACUGAUAUUAUGAAAAUAAAACGCGCCUGAGAUUGAUACUUCU